CCCUCAACUUCUAGAGAUAAAGAGAUAAAAAGGUAAGAGAGAUGAGCACAAGUAGUUCUUCUCUAUUCAAAACAAAUGGAGCUAAGGGAAGAUCACUCUACAAACUUUAUGCAAGCUUUAUCCUUGUGUGUAUCUUAUCUAUAUUGUUCUAUAGACUCACUCACAUCCCUUUAGAACAUUAUAGUUUGACAUUUGCAUGGAUUUCAUUGUUUGCAUCCGAACUAUGGUUUUCUUUCUAUUGGAUCCUAACUCAAUCCGUUCGUUGGAAUCCAAUUUAUCAUCAAACCUUCAAAGAAAGACUCUUGCAAAGACAUGGGAACGAACUUCCCAUGGUUGAUGUUUUCAUUUGCACUGCCGAUCCGGUUGCCGAGCCGCCGAGUUUAGUGAUGUCAACAGUGUUAUCAAUGAUGGCUUAUGAUUAUCCAAAAGAGAAAUUGAGUGUGUAUCUUUCAGAUGAUGCUGGUUCAGAGCUUACAUUUUAUGCUUUAUGUGAAGCAUGCAAGUUUGCAAAGCAUUGGAUUCCAUUUUGCAACAAGUUUGAUGUUGAGCCAAGAUCACCAAAUGCAUUUUUCUUCAAGGCUUAUCAUUUCUCUUCUUCCAACUUGUCUAUCUCUAAGGAGUGGUCCCAAAUGAAGGACAUGUAUGAAGCGAUGAUCAACAGGAUUGAUUUUGUUGUUACACAAGGGAAGGUUCCUCAAGAACUCAAACAACAUCAAGGAUUUUCCAAAUGGACUUCAAACAUGACUUCAAGAAACCAUGAUACCAUAAUUCAAAUUUUAAUUGAUGGAAAUGAUGAAAAAUCAAUGGAUGUUGAAGGAAAUUUAUUACCUAGAGUAAUUUAUAUUGCAAGGGAGAAAAGACCUCAACAUCAUCACAACUUCAAGGCAGGCUCCAUGAAUGUUUUGUUAAGAGUAUCAUCACAGAUAAGCAAUGGCCCAAUAAUACUGAAUGUGGAUUGUGACAUGUACUCAAACAACUCACAAUCAAUCAAAGAUGCAUUGUGCUUCUUUUUUGAUGAAGAGAAGGGACAUGAAACUGGCUUUGUGCAAUACCCUCAAAAUUAUGACAACAUCACCAAGAAUGAUUUAUAUGAUAAUUCCCUCAAAGUUAUCAACAAGGCAGAACAUCCUGGAUUGGAUAGUUGGGAAGGAACACUAUAUAUUGGGACAGGGUGUUUCCAUAGAAGAGAAGCUCUUCAAGGGAGGAAAUACAGCAAAGGUUACAUUGAAGAUUGGAAAAGAGGAGUUGAUAGAAAAAGUGUGGAUAGUGCUAGUGUUUUGGAAGAAAAAGUAAAACAUCUUGCUAGUUGUACCUAUGAGUUCAACACUUUAUGGGGCAAAGAGAUUGGUUUGAGGUAUGGGUGUGCAGUGGAGGAUAUUUUAACAGGGUUGGCCAUGCACUACAAUGGAUGGAAGUCCAAAUUCUUAGACCCUGAAAGAAAAGCCUUUUUAGGAGUAGGUCCCACAACAUUGGAACAAACUCUAAUCCAAUUCAAGAGAUGGAGUGAAGGCAACUUUCAGAUACUCCUGUCAAAGAACAGUCCUCUUUUAUUUGGUUACCAAAAAAUCAAGUUUGGUGCUUGCAUGGGCUACUCCAUCUAUGGCCUUUGGGCUGUUAACUCAUUCCCAACUCUUACAUACCUUCUUAUACCUCCUCUUUUACUUCUCAAUGGCAUCUCCUUAUUCCCAAAGGUAUCAUCUCCAUGGUUCAUACCAUUUGUUCUUGUGUUCAUUGCUAAGCAUGCAUAUAGCUUAAUUGAGUCACUAUACUCUGGUAAUAGCUUCAAAGGGUGGUGGAAUGCACAAAGGAUGUGGGUCAUGAGAAGAAUAACAUCAUUCCUCUAUGCCUUAAUUGACAACAUCUUGAAGCUCUUUGGUGCAUCUAAAUUAGCAUUCACCAUCACAGCCAAGGUCAGUGAUGAAGAUUCCUCGAAACGGUAUGAUCAAGAAGUCAUGGACUUUGGCUCGGCCUCAUUGAUGUUUAUGAUCAUCGGCACUGUUGCAUUGAUCAAUGGUUUCUGCUUUUUUGGUGUAGUCUUGAGAAUGAUACUGACUGAAGGUUAUGUUGAUGGUGCAUUGUUGAUUCAAGUGGUGCUUUGUGGAUUAAUAGUGGCAAUCAAUGUGCCAAUCUAUGAAGGGCUUUUCUUACGUAAAGAUAAGGGUCGCAUGCCGUACUCUGUCACCUUUGUUUCACUUGGAAUUUCAAUGCUUGUUUGCAUGCUUAGCAUGCAUGGUUUAAGCAUUGCAUGAUUAGAAGUUAGCUGGCAUCUUGCCAUUGUAUAACAUUAGAGGAUUGUAAAGUGUAAUGGCACAUAUAAAGUAGUUCAUGUGAUUACAUUCACUCUCAGAGCAUGUUA